AGUCUAUUAAUCAAUCAAUAUGUAGAUACAUUUAUAUAUGAUUAUAAAAUUAACUGUUAAUUUUCCUUUUUUAAUUUAAAUUUUUAAUUUUUUUGUUUUCUCGUUGGUGACAUGUGGGCCUGGGCUCUGUUACCGAUAUCCUUGACAGUAUGGUCCACAGCUGGAAUAUGGAUUGUGUAUGAAAUAGCCGUGUCCAAUGGCUCAGUCAACGUGACAGAGAAUUUUCCUUCUAUCAGCAAAUGUGGGACCUAUCCUCCCCAGAGCUGUAUAUUUGGCCAAAUUCUUAAUGUUGGGGCGAUAUUGGUGAUCUGGAUCAUUGUUAUUCGGUUUCAACAAAUCAGAGAUUAUGGCUGCUGUUCUCCUGUAAAUUCUUGGGGUCUGGCUAUAGGAUUUCUUUCUGCUCUAGGAACUUCAAUAGUUGGUAAUUUUCAGACAUCCAAUGCCCAUGUGAUGCAUCUUAUUGGAGCCUUCCUGGCAUUUAUCUUUGGUACUAUUUACUUCUGGAUACAGACAGCCCUGACCUGCAUGGUAAAGCGAAGACAUGGCGGCUACUGGAUGGUAGUACUGCGGUGUAUUCUAACAGUUUUUGCAACAGCAUUGAUUAUCAUGAUGAUUGUGUUCUCUUUAAUGGAAAUGAAGUCUGCAGCUGCCAUAUGUGAAUGGAUUACAGCCAUGAUUUUAUUUGUGCUAUUUGGAUUCUUCUGCGUUGACUUCUGGUUUCUUGAUGGACUUUUCCUCCAUGUCAUUAAAAGGAUGGUGGUUAUUCCCAACGAAGUUCAAGUUUCCACUGUUACUCAGAGCUUAUAGAUACAAAAUGUUACAGAGAGCUGUACAGUGCUAUAUAGGGAUGUUUCCAAGAAUGUUGUUCUGCCAUGAGCAAUGUAUGGAGAAUUCUGGGAUUUUUUAUUUAUCAUGUUAGCAGAAAUCUGAACUUUUAUGCCUGUCAGUAUUGAACAACUAUGAAUGAAGUCUUUACGCUUGGGCUAGAUGACAGUUUAUGACAGCUAGAUGACAGCUUGGUUUAUGACAGUUCAUGACUGUCAGGGCAAUAUGGUAGGUAUACAAGACUUAGUCGAUUCAGGUUUUGUGAUUUAAUGUAUUUCUGUCACAUUCAUUUCAGUUAAACAAACAAAAGAUCACAGAAUAUAUUUUUAUCAAAAAUGUCGAUGGAGGAAAGACUAUAUUUAAAAAUUUGUAAUGUAAUUUUUUGGCUCCUCCUUUUAUUUUGUGUUUUAUUAUUACCCAUGUAGUAAGCCUGUAUACCUUCUCCCUAUACACCUGGGCAAAUGGUGAGCUGAAAGUACAAACUUUUUUUUCUUUUUCUUUUUCAGUGAGCCUGUAGUAUCUGACAUAGCUCUAGAAUGUGCAAUCUAGAGCUGCCCAUACACUAUAGACUAAAGUUGACCAAAACCAGUCUAGAACAUUUGUAUUAAUGUGUUCAAGACGGAUUAAAACAGAAAAAAGGAAGGAAAAAUUAAGGAAUUAGGGGAAUUAGAAGUAAAAUACAAGCGAGGAGAGGAUCGGGAUUUACAGUUUAAAGUGAUGCAAAAAAGGGAAGAACUUAGAUCUCUCCUGAUGGAUCAAGCAAAAAAAAAAAAAUUUCAAGGUUGAGGAGGAAGAGCUAUGAACACAGUAAUAAAGUAGG